GCCGCCGCCAGGGAAAAGAAAGGGAGGAAGGAAGGAACAAGAAAAGGAAAUAAAAGAGAAAGGGGGAGGGGAAACGCAACUAGCUGUCCGGCCUCCGUCAAGGGAGAAGGAAAAAAGUUCUCCGGCGCCACAGGCCCGAGUCUCCCGCAGCCCCUCCCGAGCGCAGCCGCCAGACCAGUGGAGCCGGGGCGCAGGGCGGGGGCGGAGGCGCUGGGGCGGGGGAUGCGGGGCCGCGGCGCAGCCCCCCGGCCCUGAGAGCGAGGAGAGCGCCGCUCCCGCCGCCCUCGCCUCUUCUCCCAUCUCGACCCGUCGAGCCGGGGCGUCCGGGCGGAGCCCUCGCCCGCCUGGUCAGGGGGUGCGCGUCGGGGGAGGCAGAAGCCAUGGAUCCUGGGCAGCAGCAGCCGCCUCAGCCGGCCCCCCAGGGCCAAGGGCAGCAGCCCGCGCAGACCCCCCAGGGGCAGGGCCCGCCGUCCGGGCCCGGGCAGCCGGCACCCCCGGCGUCCCAGGCGGCGCCACAGGCACCCCCCGCCGGGCACCAGAUCGUGCACGUCCGGGGGGACUCGGAGACCGACCUGGAGGCUCUCUUCAACGCCGUCAUGAACCCCAAGACGGCCAACGUGCCCCAGACCGUGCCCAUGAGGCUCCGGAAGCUGCCUGACUCUUUCUUCAAGCCGCCAGAGCCCAAAUCCCACUCCCGACAGGCCAGUACUGAUGCAGGCACUGCAGGAGCCUUGACUCCACAGCAUGUUCGAGCUCAUUCCUCCCCAGCUUCCCUGCAAUUGGGAGCUGUUUCUCCUGGGACACUGAACCCCACUGGAGUAGUCUCUGGCCCAGCAGCCACACCCGCAGCUCAGCAUCUUCGACAGUCUUCUUUUGAGAUACCUGAUGAUGUACCUUUGCCGGCAGGCUGGGAGAUGGCAAAGACAUCUUCUGGUCAGAGAUACUUCUUAAAUCACAUCGAUCAGACAACAACAUGGCAGGACCCCAGGAAGGCCAUGCUCUCUCAGAUGAAUGUUACAGCCCCCACCAGUCCACCAGUACAGCAGAAUCUGAUGAACUCAGCCUCAGGUCCUCUUCCUGAUGGAUGGGAACAAGCCAUGACUCAGGAUGGAGAAAUUUACUAUAUAAACCAUAAGAACAAGACCACCUCUUGGCUAGACCCAAGGCUUGACCCUCGUUUUGCCAUGAACCAGAGAAUCAGUCAGAGUGCUCCAGUGAAACAGCCACCACCCCUGGCUCCCCAGAGCCCUCAGGGAGGCGUCAUGGGUGGCGGCAACUCCAACCAGCAGCAACAGAUGAGGCUGCAACAACUGCAGAUGGAGAAAGAGAGACUGCGACUGAAACAGCAAGAACUGCUUCGGCAGGCAAUGCGGAAUAUCAAUCCCAGCACAGCAAAUUCUCCAAAAUGUCAGGAAUUAGCUCUCCGUAGCCAGUUGCCAACGCUGGAACAGGACGGCGGGACUCAAAAUCCAGUAUCUUCUCCCGGGAUGUCUCAGGAAUUGAGAACAAUGACGACCAAUAGUUCAGAUCCUUUUCUUAACAGUGGCACCUAUCACUCUCGAGAUGAGAGUACAGACAGUGGACUAAGCAUGAGCAGCUACAGUGUCCCUCGAACCCCAGAUGACUUUCUGAACAGCGUUGAUGAAAUGGAUACAGGUGAUACUAUUAACCAAAGCACCCUGCCCUCACAGCAGAAUCGUUUCCCAGACUACCUUGAAGCCAUUCCUGGGACAAAUGUGGACCUUGGAACACUGGAAGGAGAUGGAAUGAACAUAGAAGGAGAGGAGUUGAUGCCAAGUCUGCAGGAAGCUUUGAGUUCUGACAUCCUUAAUGACAUGGAGUCUGUUUUGGCUGCCACCAAGCUAGAUAAAGAAAGCUUUCUUACAUGGUUAUAGAGCCCUCAGGUAGACUGAAUUUUAAAUCUGUGAAGGAUCUAAGGAGAUAAGACAUAUAUACCUGAAAUUUCCAAAUAAGCCAGUUGCAGUUUGUGGCUAAUACAGAAAAAGAUGAACAAACGUCCAGCAAGAUUCUUUCAUCCACUAUUUUGCUCUUCCUUGUCCAUUGCUGCUGUUAAUAUAUUGCUGACCUCUUUCACAGUUGGCCCUAAAGAAUCAAAAAAAAAAAAAAACUUUUGUUUCUUUUGCUAUUAUAACUACUGUUCAUUUUGGGGGCUGGGGGAAGUGAGCCUGUUUGGAUGAUAGAUGCCAUUCCUUUUGCCCAGUUAGAUGUUCACCAAUCAUUUUAACUCAAUACUCAGACUUGGAAGUCAAAUGCUUCAUGUCACAGCAUUUAGUUUGUUCAAGCAAUUGUUUCUUCAGCUGCCUUUGGCCAGUGGAAAAACAUGACUUACUGGUCUGACAAGCCAAAAAUGUUGUAUCUGGUAUUAAGAACUUAAUGCUGAUUCGAAGAGAUAGCUGAAACCAAGGCUGAAGACUGUUUAACUUUCAGUGUUUUCUUUUCCUUCUAGUGCUAUCAUUAGUCACAUAGUGACCUUGAUUUUAUUUUAGGAGCUUAUAAGGCAUGAGACAAUUUCCAUAGAAAUAUAUUAAUUAUUGCCACAUACUCUAGUAUAGGUUUUGGUGGAUAUUUUGGUGGGUGUUUUGUUGUUGUUGUUGUCAGUUGAUUGGUUCUGUCAGAACCUAGGCAAAUUACCAUAUUAGUGAAUCUGUUUAUAGUUGUAGCUUGGGACAGUUGUUGGAGUUUUUGGUAAAACCUACAUUUCCUGGUUUUUUACCAUCUUAUUUAAAUCUUGAUUAUCUCUGCUCUCUCUUAUAUACACACACACGCACACACACACACACACAAUGUUUAUAAUAGUGUGAUAGCAGAAUGUAUUUUUUUUUUUAAGGUUUUCCUACUUUCCAAUUUAUUUUUAAAAUGGUAGCUUUGAAUGUAUGCAUUUAGAAUACAUGACUAGUAGUUUAUAUUUCACAGGUAGUUUAAAUCUGAUUGGGGCAGUCUGCAGAUGUUUAAAGUAGUUUAGUGUUCUAGAAAGGGCUAUUUACUACACAUAGUGCUCUAUGCCCGCCGGGCACACAAUACAUAUUAUCUGAUGAAUUGGGAAGGAGCAAACAAGAAAUGGCUUUAUUUUCCUCCUUGGACUCCCUUGGACUAAUUUUGAGUCUUGAUGGGAAAUCACUGAGUAGGUUCAUAACUUACAUGACAGAAGUAAGCUUUAUAGAGGUUUACCUUUCUUUAACUUUGAGAGUCUACCUUCACCUUAGUUUUGGAAGUAAAUUCUAAUAGUUUAUUUCUCAUUUGUAAUGACUACAUUAAAGACUAGAUUAAAAUAUUGCCUACAAUAUUCUUCUUACUUAUAAGACUUGCUCCUACUUCUGUAUGCUGAAAAUUGACCCUGGAUAUAGAAUAUAUAGAAUAGUGUAAGGUCAUUAGUUAGCUGGUAAAGUGAUCAGAUUGAUAAAUGUAUAUUGGUAGUUGAAUUUAGCAAAGAAAUAGAGAUAAUCAUGAUUAUACCUUUAUUUUUACAGGAAAAGAUAUAACUAGAGUAUGUGUCUACAGGAGUAAUAAUGGUUUCCAAAGAGUAUUUUUUAAAGGAACAAAAUGAGCAUGAAUUAACUCUUCAGUAUAAGCUACGAAGUAAUGGUUGUGAAUUAAAAGUGUGGCACCAGCUAAGCACCUCUAUGAUUAAGGGUCUUUCAAUGUUUUUAGAAUAAGCCCUUAUUUUCAAGGGUUUAUAACAGAUAUAAAAUCUUCUUUCCUGGCUAAAGCUGCUAUGAAAAGCCACAGCUUAGGAAGAUAGAUUUUUUUUCGGUUACAAAAUCUAAGUAUUUUGGCCCUUUGAUUUGGAGAAGUGCAAAAGUUGGAAGUAAGAAGUUCUAUUUUAAGUACUUUCAGUGCUAAAAAAAAAAAAAAAAAAACUGCAGUCACUGUGUUGUAUAUAAUAAUUCAUAGGUCAGUCAUUCAUAAAAUUAACUCCAAGGCUUUUACUAAGAAAACAACAGAAAGACUAAAUCUUGAAUUAAGUCUGGGGGGAAAUGGCCUCUGUGCAGAUGCAUUGAGUUUUAGAGUGAUAAUAAAAUUCUACCUAGAAUGCAAAGUGGAGUAUAUGGAUGAUAUCAUGUUGUUGGAGUUUUUUCUAAUGUGCAGAAGAUCAAAGCUACUUUGGAAGGUGUGCCUGUAAUUUUCCAAUAAGCCACAAAUUAAGAAUGCAUCUUACUUAUCAGCAGAAUAGUGUUAGUUUAGGGGGAGGGUGGGAAGAUAUGGGGAGGGGUUUUGAAGAUUUAGUGGGACCUUGAUAGAGAACUUUAUAAACUGUUUCUCUUCGAUAAAGACUUGUGUUGCAUCUUGCUGUCCAUUGAAGGCAGUUGUUCCUAAAAUUUCAAUCACUUAAGUACACCCACAAAACAAGAAUGUGGAGAUCUUUGUUUCCCCUCAACUUUAAUUUGCUCAGUCAUACCUCAAUGUUGUAGCAGUACUGUGGUGCCUGACACAGUGCUUUGACCUUAUACCCUCUGUACUGACUGAAGGAGACCUAAGAGUCCUUUCUCUCUUUGAGUUUGAAUCACAGCCUUGAUGUGGUCUUUCUUGUUUUAUGUCCUUGUUCCUAAUGUAAAAGUGUUUAAUUGCUUCUUGGUUGUAUUGGGUAGCAUUGGGAUAAGAUUUUAACGGGGUAUUCUUGAAUCGCUUUUUACAAUAAACCGAUUUUAUAAUCUUUAAAUCUAUCAGCUUUUUACAUUUGUGUUCUUUUCAGUUAGGGCUUCUUAGUUCUACUUGUAGUAGAUGGAGCACAUUGAUUUGGCGUUUCAGAUCUUCCAAGCACUAUUUGUUGUAAUAACUAUUUUCUAAAUAUAGUGCCUUUAAAGAAAAAUGAACAUAAGGAAGUGACCUUGAUACAAAUAAUGUUGCUAUUUUAAGUAUUCAUAUUAAAUAGAUGCAUUCUAUAUAGAACAUGGUAGAAAGACUGAAAAAUAACAGUAAUUAAUUGUGUAAUUCAGAAUUCAUACGAAUCAGUGUUGAAACUCAAAACAGUGCAAAAGUGGGAGGCAAUAUCCAGUGAUUAACAAUUCCAUAGCUUUUGUACAUCUGAAAAAUGAGUGCUCAGAUGAAUUUUAUCUCUGCAAGCAUGUCUUUAUGAGAAUUGUGGGUGUGCCUAUCAUAACAAUUGUUUCCUGUAUCUUGAAAAGUAUUCUCCACGUUUUAAAUGUUUUAUAUUAGAGAAUUCUUUAAUGCACACUUGUCAAAUAUAUAUAUAUAGUACCAAUGUUACCUUUUUAUUUUUUGUUUUAGAUGUAAGAGCAUGCUCAUAUGUUAGGUACUUACAUAAAUUGUUACAUUAUUUUUCUUAUGUAAUACUUUUUUGUUUGUUUACGUGGUUCAAAUACAUUCUUUCCUUAAACUGUU